AUGGCUCUACGUCCGCCACAUUUGGGGCGAAAGUCCUCGACGCCAUGGGAUAGAUUGAGGCCUGUCAAGCAGGACCCUCUGGAGAGCAUGGGAUUUGUCUCGAAAGGCGACACCCGUCUCCUCGAGACGAAAGCGCAAGAAAACUUCUACAACAAGAUCGUCGCUCGGUAUAUGCAAUUCUGUACAAAUCACUCCAAGGACCUUGACAACGCGUUCGCUUCUUUGUCACUUGAAGACGACGGGUCUGCCUCGUCAGCACCGACCGGGUAUUCUUCAAUCGGCCGUGGUCACCGGCCCCUUGUCUCGGCACAUCCAGAUGCAGAGCUACUCCCUAGCGCCCAACAACACAAUAGCCCGACGCCGUCGCCCUCUGGAGAACUUUCUACUAUCUUACUGGCGUUGCGUAAAUUGCGGGAAGGACUCCUCGCUACUUCUACGUCGGCUCCAUCCCCCGUAUUCUCACAACGAGUCCAUGUCUUCAAUAUCAGAACUGCAAUUCUCGCCUUCCACCCGCCGGGGUACCAUCCAUCGCUAUUGCACCUUCUGUUCGUGUUACACUCACCUACGCAUCCACUCCCCAAGUCGGAACUGGUCGAGAUGACCACGUAUCUUAUUCUUGACACAGCAAUUCGCCAACAUGAUCUUGGUCAAGCAUUUGCGCUUAGAUACAAUAGCAGAGUCAAAUUUGGCUUCAAGAGCCGAGUAGUUGACAGCAUUCUACGGGCCGUCGUGAUGGGGGACUGGGUCACGUUUUGGCGUGUGCGACAGACGGUGGAUGGCUACGUCCGGGCGAUCUUGCACUGGCACAUUGAGACACAACGCAAGUUGGCAUUGAAGGCCAUCGGGCGUACUUACCUUGGCUGCGACAUCAGAUACAUUUUGCAGAGUGCCAGUGGAGGCGAACUUAGCUGGGAAGAUCUGGUCAGAAUUGAAGAUGUAGGCUGGGAACGCGAUGGUGAUAAGGCUGUGAUUCGCAAGCCCAAGGCUAGAGUCGCAGCUAGUUGA